AAUCAAAUGACGAAUGAAUUUGAUACUUCGAUACGUGUGAAAAGUGAAAACUCUAAACUAUGAGAAGUCCGAUGGAAAUUUUGAAUAAAUAACUAGUUUAUAACCAUGUUGUGUAUACAGAUGUGUCGUCGAGACAAAGUAAAUGUUAAUACUCAUUGGAGAGUCGCCAUGGCCAUGGGCGGCGCCAUGGACGGCUGCGGCCGCUGUAUGAAGAUGAGCCUCGUCGCCAUCAAUGUUCUCACCUUUGUGGGCGGUCUGUGCGCGUUCGCGAUCGGCCUGUGGAUCUGGGUGUCGCGGUCGUUCGCGAGCACGCUGCUCAACAACAACAUGUACAUCGGGUCCGUGGGCGUCGGGGUCGUGGUCGCAGUUGGCUAUGCACGAUCGUGCGCGUCGGUGAAGUGA